AUGACGAUCAACUAUCUGCUACCCGACGACGUGCUCGCUGACGUCCUCGGCCGCCUCCCACCACGCAGCCUCGCCGCCGCACGGUGCGUCUGCGCGGCCUGGCGGGCCACCAUCGACGACCGCCGCCUGCUGCGCACGGAUCUCCUCCCGCUCUCGCUCGCCGGCAUCUUCAUCCACUUCGAUGACCUCAGGUUCCCAGAAUUCUUCUCCCGCCCGUCGACGCCAACGACCCCUGCAAUCAGCGGCAAGCUUGACUACAUGCCUAACAAAUAUGCGCUCUACGCCGUGAAUGAUCAUUGCAACGGUCUCCUCCUGCUAUACACCCACGUGGUUAAUCCGGCCACGCGACGGUGCGUGACCUUGCCCCUACUGCCACCGUCUCGGGGUACCUUUAGCGAUAACUACAUCGUGUUCGAUCCCACUGUAUCACCGCACUACGAGGUGAUCAGGAUCUCUUACCUUAUGUGCAAUAUGAGACUUGACCCAAUCAUAAGGGAGUCGGAAUGGCCACCAUCACCAUUUCUAUUGAAUGUCUUCUCGUCGGCGACAAAGCAAUGGGAGGAUCGGUUAUUUGUCAGGGAAGGGGAGGCUGCAGGCACCAUCGGCGACUUAGUGAAGCUUUAUUCUAGACAACACUAUGCUGCCUACUGGCAUGGUGCACUUUACGUGCAUAGGUGCAAUUAUGUGACAAGACUAUCAUUGACUGAUGGAAAGUACAAAGUAAUCAAGAAUCCACAAGAUAUUGACAUGAGCAAGUGUCUAAAGUUUUAUCUUGGAAAAUCAGAGAAUGGGAAACAACCUUAA